AGCUCUUUCGGUUCGCUUCAUGAUUCCGUCCGGUUGUGUUGUGUGAUGCGGGAUGGUGUGAGAGAGGGGGUGUACUGUCUCCUCGUGCCUCAGUCAUUCCCGCUCGGAAACUUAUUAAUGAUAUCAGGGGGAUUACAGUCACCUCGGGGGGUUUCUGCAGUCCGAAACAAGUCAGCUCUCUAUCUGUUAUUGGGGAAUGAACGACGAGAAAAGCCCGGAUAACGGCAAGAGAAACUCUGGGUAUACCAGUAUUGAGCAAAUGCUGGCUGUGAACCCCGGGAAGACGCCCAUCAGUCUGCUGCAGGAAUAUGGAACGCGGAUAGGCAAGACUCCAGUGUACGACCUGCUGAAGGCUGAGGGUCAGGCCCACCAGCCCAACUUCACCUUCCGCGUGUCUGUGGGAGACAUCAACUGCACCGGCCAGGGCCCCAGCAAGAAAGCUGCCAAGCACAAAGCCGCCGAAGCUGCCCUGAAAAUGCUGAAAGGAGGAAUGCUUGGAGGGAUCGGAGGAAAUGGGAUGGAGGGAGAAGGGUUUGUCGGGAUUGAUAUGGAGGGAGAAUGCCCUCAGUCAGAUAUGAAAUCUUCCAGUUCAACGCAACAAGCUGAGUGCAAUCCAGUUGGAGCUUUGCAGGAGCUAGUGGUGCAAAAAGGCUGGCGUUUACCCGAGUACACGGUCACUCAAGAAUCUGGACCUGCACACCGCAAAGAGUUUACAAUGACCUGCAGGGUGGAGAGAUUUGUUGAGAUAGGUAGUGGCACAUCAAAAAAGCUUGCUAAAAGAAAUGCAGCAGCAAAGAUGCUCUCUCGUAUCCAUGAUGUUCCUGUGGACAUGCGCAGCAGCCAUGAGGCCGAAGCAGAAGAUGACACCUUCAGUAUGCAAACGGGUGGCAGACCAGAGGGAGGGAAGUCUAAAGGUCUCGGCUGCACAUGGGACUCUCUGCGGAACUCCGCCGGGGAGAAGAUCCUACAGUUGCGCUGUCAUCCUCUGGGCCAACCUGACUCCAAUUUCUGUUCUCUCCUUCGUGAGCUUUCUGAGGAACAGCGCUUUGACGUCAGCUACCUGGACAUAGAGGAGCGCAGUUUGAGUGGCCUUUACCAGUGUCUGGUGGAGUUGUCCACGCAGCCCAUUACCGUCUGCCACGGAUUCGCCUCUAGCCUGGAUGCAGCACGUGCCAGUGCUGCCCACAAUGCCCUUCAGUACCUCAAGAUCAUGGCAGGGGGGAAAUAAACCACACUAAGAGCUCUCCUGUAACAUUUAUUUUUCGUUUUGCUUCCCAGAGGAAAAUAGGAAAAUCAGGUGAAGCUUACCUCUUCUGCCCCUAGUUGUGUAAUCUGAGGGGCUUGUUUGUUUGAUGCAGUAGGUUCACUAUAAUGGCCUGUAAAGCCCUUCUGUUUUGAGUCCCUACUGCUACCAGCUGUGAAAUCAGUUGGAGAACAUACUGAUUGCCUAAUUUUCACCUUGGAUAUGACACCAAAAGCAUGUGCCCUUGCUCUUUAGUGCCUCCAAACAAAGGCAGGGGACACUAUUCAUUUGAAAUCUGAGGGCAAAGGUUCACAGGUGUUCAGUAUGUGUGAAUUUUUUGAUGUAAUUUAUUUGUUUAUUUGUUAAGUGUUGGUCUUUUUAACUUUUUUUUUUCUCCAUUUAAAUUAUGACCAUUAAUUUGCUCUGUGACUUCGAUGAAUUGAUGAACCUAGAACAGACUAGCAUGACUUUUUUAAAACUGUAAAUAUUUCACUUUUUUACAUUUUUAUUUUCACUAUAUUUUAGUAAUAGAAGUUAUUUGUAAACAUUUAUUUUGCUUCAUAGAACAUAUUUGUGAAAAAGUUUUUUUUUUUUCUCAGCCAAUGAAAUAUAAUUUUUAACAUAGACCUGACAGUUUGUGGUAAAUAUCUACCUCUGUGUUUAAGUGUUUCUGCCUCACAAGCUUCAUCAUUACAUUUGGACUGGCAAAGACUGAAAUAUUCAUAUUCAAUAUAAUAGUAUACGACCAACAACAGUAGUAUGUGACUGUGUGACCGCUGAUGUCUUUUGUACCAAAUUGGUGAAUAUGUAAUCUAUUGGAUAUUUUAUCUUGAACAAUAAACUUGAAAUUGCCAUUAUCUUCU